AAAGAUGAACGUCUGGUUUACUCUCUCAACCCAUACAGCUUAUAUCCUUGAUCAGCGACCAAAGCCUGCAUACUCUGUGAUGAGUUAUAGAGAGAAUUAAGAGAGAUAUUACAUCACAGAACAGAAAAGCUAUAUAUAUGUUGACUGAGAGAGUAAACCAGACGUUCAUCUUUGCUUCUGAAUAUCGAAAUCCAGGUGAAAGGAUUAAAUCAAUUUACAACAGAGAAACUCAAUACCAACAACAGCAGCAAAAUUAUAAUAGAAGUGAUCAUAAUGCUUGGCCAAAAUUAAUUGCAUCUCCAUCUAAUACAACAACAACAGCAGCAUAUAAAAAUACGAAUGAAGCAAACAGAGAAUUUGAAAAUGAACUACAAGAAAUAAAAGAAAAAUAUGAACAAGAACAAAAAAGAAUCGAACAAAAAUAUAAAAGUUCACAUUAA